AUGGCAGGCUUAAGAAUCUUAUCCUCUUUAAAUAGUAUUAUUGCACUUGCUUUUGUUUUGGCUAUUGGAUUCUUGCUUGUUAUUUUAUCGUGUGCUCUUUACUAUAAUUGGUGGCCUUUACUUGUUGUUGCAACCUAUAUACUCGCACCUUUACCCAAUGCUUUAUGUGGCAGGUGUGCAGGAGAAGACGAUUUGAUGUCUGAUUAUAAUAGUGGCAUUAUUGAUGCAGGACAUUUCAUUACUGGCAUGUUUAUUGUCACUGGAUUUUGUUUACCUUUUGUUUUAGCCCAUGCUGAAGUGAUUACUGUUCCUGCCAUGAUGAUGAGUAUUUCAGGUGGUGUUUUAGUGUAUGGCACCAUUAUUGCCUAUACACACUUCUUUGCACACCAAGGUGAUGAUUUUUGA